CGCACCUGUAUUACCGUAGUUUGGCACGAGCAUUUUACGCUCGGUGCUAAGACCAAAUCCGCGCUCGCGCACGAAAUCCAUUUACACUCCGGUAGUAGAGAGGGCCCUGAUCGAGUCGCUUUGCUCCGUCAAUCAAACAAUCCUCCCGUUUAAAGGCCCCGGACAAACGUUAACACCGCGCAGAGCAGCAGCAGAGCCUCGGUGAAGCACAGUGACAGAGCCGGAUAGGUUUGGAGAGGAAGAAUGGCGGAUUCAGGCAGCACCGCAGCGGCCCCAGCGGCCGCAGGCUCCAACAGCGCUGCCGGGGCGGCUGGCUCGGUGGCGCAGGACGGAGGAGCGGCUCCAAUUGUGGGAAUCAAGGCCCCGUCCGAGUCCGUGAAGGGCCAGCUAUUCGAUGUGGGCCCCCGCUACACGAACCUGUCUUACAUUGGGGAGGGGGCUUACGGGAUGGUCUGCUCUGCUAUGGACAGCGUGACAAGCUCGCGCGUAGCCAUCAAGAAAAUCAGCCCGUUUGAGCACCAGACGUACUGCCAGCGCACACUGAGGGAAAUCAAGAUCCUGCUGCGUUUCCACCAUGAGAAUAUCAUCGGCAUCAACGACAUUCUCAGGGCACGGGUACUCGACAACAUGAGGGAUGUCUACAUCGUUCAGACUCUGAUGGAGACGGACCUGUACAAGCUGCUGAAGACUCAGAGGCUGAGCAACGACCACGUCUGCUAUUUCCUCUACCAGAUCCUGCGAGGCCUCAAGUACAUCCACUCUGCUAACGUGCUGCACCGUGACCUCAAGCCCUCCAACCUGCUCAUCAACACCACCUGCGACCUCAAGAUCUGUGACUUUGGCUUGGCGAGGAUAGCCGACCCGGAGCACGACCACACAGGUUUCCUGACCGAGUACGUGGCCACGCGUUGGUACAGGGCUCCAGAAAUCAUGCUCAACUCAAAGGGCUACUCCAAGUCCAUUGACAUCUGGUCGGUGGGCUGCAUCCUGGCUGAGAUGUUGUCCAACAGGCCCAUCUUCCCCGGGAAACACUACCUGGACCAGCUCAACCAUAUACUGGGCGUCCUUGGAUCCCCCACUCAAGAUGAUCUGAACUGCAUCAUCAACAUGAAGGCCAGGAACUACCUGCAGUCCCUGCCUCCAAAACCCAGAAUCCCCUGGGAGACUCUCUACAAGGCCGACUCCAAAGCUCUGGACCUGCUGGGCCGCAUGCUGACCUUUAACCCCGUGAAGCGCAUCAGCGUGGAGGAGGCUCUGGCUCAUCCCUACUUGGAGCAGUACUACGACCCCACAGAUGAGCCGGUGGCGGAGGAGCCCUUCACCUUCUCCAUGGAGCUGGAUGAUCUGCCCAAGGAGAAGCUGAAGGAACUGAUCUACGAGGAAACCGCUCAAUUCCAGGCAACCUACCAGGGAACAUGAGACACACAGCCCUAAAGAGUGACAAAGCCACGCAGAGGCUUGGAACAAGAAGACUCCAAACGACAUGCUAAAACAAAAAGAAAAAAUGCAUCUUCAAGAAACCAACAAAAAAAAAAGAGAAAACGAGAAAUGAACAUUUAACUGCUUAUCUUUCCAUUUCUACUGCAAGAGAGCUAAGUUUCACUUUUGAUUUCUGUGGUUGGGGGUGGUAGGGUCUGUGUACUCAUACUGUUUCAGUUUUGUCCAUGUUGGACUCUUCCUCCUCUCACCUCACAUUUAUUUUCCCGUUAAACGUCCUCAUCCCCUCCCAUCAUCAGUACCCCCCCCCCCCCCCCCCUCUCUCUCUCUCUCUCUCUUGCUCCCUGAUGCUGAUCUGUCGCUCCCUCUCAUAUAAACUACUGUAUUAACCGACUCCAUAACUCUCUUGUCUUGCUCCAUGUAAAUUACAAGCUGGAAAAAAUCGAGGGCUAAAGGAACGGGGAUGCUAAUCGGGUGUUUGUGUAUAUAUACAAAAAUAUAAAAAGCUUAUUUUCUUUUCUUUUUUAAGUGUGCUUGUGGCAGUUUUUGUGUGUACAUCGUUGUUUUUGAGUGUUUUCGGAUCAGUCGUAUCUGUAUGUUUUGGGGUUUAUAUUUGCAAGUCUAAUUAUUUUUUUUAACACUUGAUUUUUGAGACAAACAUUCAAUGUUAUUUCUGGCAUGUUGGCAGGUUUAUAUAGAUUUAUUUGUCGUCGCUUUUCUUUUCUUAAAAAAAAAACAACUGUAUGAUGUUCAUAUGAAUGCAUGCAUUCCUUAAAUUAACCAAAGUGGCAGAGAUAUGCAGGAAACUUGGCCGGGGAGCAACUAAGGAUUACCUAUCGUAGUUUUGAAUCAACACAUUUUUUGACACAUUACUCAACUCCCCCUUCAGAUGGUUCUAUUCAGGAGACGCCACAUGAUUGGAACAAAUAGAAAUCAAACAGUAUAAAAUAUAAUCGCUUAUUCAUUCAGAUAACAGUAGUACCUACGCCCCAUUUUCCAGAAAGUCAUGGUACUCUUUCCAAAAACGUUUCUCCCCCUAAUGAUCAUGAACUACCUGACUGUAAGUUUUAUAGUGGAAGACGUUCCUUCCAAAAUGGCAGAAAUACUGCCAGAACACUGAUGUCAGACACUGUUAUAGUACAUUUUCCCUUUAUUAAAUACAAUAACCAUCAAAUAUCUGAUCAGUAUUACAUAUUGCAUUUCAUUUUAGUUAAAAAUGAAUAGCAAAUGAGUGGUUAACUACUUAUUAUAACAUCAGUGAAGCCGUCUGAUCUCCUGUACAGUAUUCUGGAAAAUGGGGCCUGGUUGACAGACAUCAGCCUUUCCAUCCCACUGUGUUGUCUUUGAUCUGCUACCGGCUGUAUGGAGUCCAUCCCGUCACAGUCUAACUGACAGCGAAGGCCCGAGUAUAAACAAAUCCAUGUAAACGGUCGAGAGAAGUGCACUUUCCAACGAGCAUUUUCAGAUUAUGGCUCAUUGAUGUGAGUUGAAUGUAAAUGGCCUGAGUUUAUGGAGUCUGUCGCUGCAGUUAGUGCUCAUCGGAUGAGAACUUUUACAAGAACGAGACUCGUAAAAAAAACUGUACAUGUUGCUGACAAAUGCCGCGUUGAAGCCAUUAAGGAUGUAUGGUAAAGAUUCCCAUGUUUCCCACGGUUCCAAUACGACCUGACAUCAUUAACAACAAUCAAACCCAGGAUUGUCAGAGCGUCUACAGCCAUCAUCCCUUCGUGGUUGUACGGUAUUAAAAAAAAAACCUCUGCCCAUUUUGUUCGCUCGCUCCCCUUUUCGCGUGUGUGUGUGUGUGUUUUCCUGCUUCCUGUUCUUCUUCAAUGUGGGUGAUGUAACGCUGCGUCGUUUCUCAGAUGGCUUCUUUGCUUGUGUAUUCUGUCUGUGUUUAUGGUUCCUGUCAGCGGCUGCUCCCUCCUCUCUUUGUUCUGGAUGUGACUGUACUUAAUGGCUGCUUGGUGGAGCCGUCACCAGCUCGGUCUGCACUAAUUUUCUGCCUGUUGCACUGGGACCAGUAGAGAAGCCCCCCCCCCCCCCCUUCCUCCUUUCCUCCCCUAAAAAAAAUGGACCAACACAUGCACCGGAUCCUCUUAUAUUCUGUAUUUCUCGGGGCAGGUCUGUGAUGCUCACCGGCCUCGCCCUUUGCAGCAAAAAUCAUUGAUUUUUUCCUUUUUUGGGCUGUUUUUUCUCAGAAGCCAUAGCCAGCACUUUGGGAUCGAUGUGAGGCUUCCUGGUGCAUGUGGUGAUUUUUAUCCUUUUUUUUUUUUGUUCAACCUUCUGACUCUCGCCACGCUUUACUCAAAGGGCUGCCCCCCCCACCCUCCUCCUCCCUUGUCUGUCUGCUUCUCCACAGUGGGACUUGGUGGUUUAUCACUGACUUUGCUGCCACCAAGUCAUCGCCCCUGGAUCAUACAUGCAGGAAACUCGCAUAACUCAAUCAGCACGCCUGCACUUUGUCUUUCCAGCCACGCUCGCUUUGUCCUCUCCGGAUGUUUUUUGUCUCUCCUUGUUCAGCUUUAAGUUUCGCCUGCUGUGUGUGUGUGUGUGUGUGUGUGUGUUUGUGCGUGUUAAAGCUCAUGGACCGUCUGCAGUAAUUUAUGUCUGUGUACAGGUGUUCGUGUAUCUGCUCAUGAGUAACAUAAAGCCAAGACUCUUUCUAUCCUGUGUGUGUGUGUGUGUUUUGGAGCCUCUCCAUGCAGUUACCUGCGCUUUUUACAUCUGAGAUUUUCUAUGUGUGUCAUAUGUAUAUUUGGUCGCCAGUCAACCAGGCCCUGCUUUGCUUCUUUUUUCUUUUCUUUUUUUUAAAUCUCCAACCGACCUGCCACCAGACCAAACAUCUCACUGGGCAACCAUGGGAAGGAAAACAAAGAGGACCACGUUUUUCCAAUCCUCCGGACACACACUCACACACACUUCCUCUCUCUUUCUGAGGAGUGCAUCUGUGUGUUUGUGAAAAGUUGCACUUAAACGCACCAUAUACAUUCACGCAGCAUCGGCGAGUCCGAAGGCCUGUCCGUCACGAGGCCUGUUUCCAGAUAUUGUUGUUUUUAAAUGGCUGUUCUUAUUAUUGCUAUUGUUGUUAUAUUGGUGAGUUGUUGUAUUUUCUUUCUUUUCUUUUUAUACAUAAAAGGGAGUUAAAGUUGUUUUGUUUUUUUUAAUAAUUAGGAUGUUUUUAUUUGUAUUUUUUUUUUUUUUUCUUCUUUAAUUCUCUUAUGGGCGUGAUUGUUAUUGGCAGUGUUUUCAAUCUUUCUGAAACCUUUGUUUUCUUUGAUUUCCCCUCCAAGAUCUUAUAAGGAAUUAUUUUAAAAGAAGAUAUACGUAGAUUGUCGAAGAGAUAUGAGUUAUCGAGGGUUAUAGUCUGUAUAUUCUAUGGGUAUUAUGAAUUAAACGAUUAACAAAAACUGAAUUAUAUACAUAUAAUUAAAUAAAAUUUCCUGAUACUGUUA